AUGGCUGCCGGAAGGACGCUGAAGUCGCUGGUCAGUCGCAGGAGGCGCGCCGAGGACGAGGGAGAGGAUGAGGAGGGUCCGGUGUUCGUGGAGGAUUCGCAGAGUGAGGGCUCGGUCGUGACGGAGCGGGAUGAUGAUGAAGAAGCGGAGGUUGGAAGUGUUGUCGCGAAUGGGGCUGUGCAGGCUGGCGCUGUGGAGACUCCUGCUGGCGAGGUGGAUACGGUGAAUGGCGUAAACUCGAAGAAGGCACGGAAGCAGAGCGGAGAGAAUGGCAGCAAGGCUACAGAGGGAAACGACGCAGUUCCCGCCGCGCAGUCGAAAGCUGGAUUCAAAACUGUUGCGGACACGGAAGCGAUGAUGAACGGCUUGAAGAUUAGUGCUCAGGGUGAAUCUGGAGACGCAGCCGUCGACUUCGAAGAAAUGGCUCCGAGCGCAUCGAGUACUGCCCCUGUUCGAACCAACGGCCAAGGUCUACCGGCUGCUGAACGACAAAGGCGCGAGCACGAGGAGUAUCGAAAGAAAAGAGACUCCAACCCGGCUUUUAUUCCGAAUCGGGGCAAUUUCUUCAUGCACGAUACGAGAGGCCAGAAUCUUGGUCCCGCUCCUCCACAGCGCGGUGGUUUCGCUGGAAGAGGUCGCGGCAGGGUUGAGCCAGAUGUCGGCGGACCGUUCUCGCCUGCGAACCAAAUGGCACUGGCGGAAAGGGCUUCUCAGCAGACAUGGAAGCAUGACCUCCACGAUACCAUCAACGAGGAAGUAACUGCACCGCCAGCUCAAGCAGCCAAUUCAAUACCCACAGCUCCAAGACAGCAGUCGAACUACUCUGCCCAUCUCUUCCCGAAGGCUCCGAUGCACCCAAACCAUGCCCAGCCAGCUGGUGGUCAGACGACUACCAGCUCGUUCGACAGCACGACUCUACUCGGCACGUUGCAGGUUCGAGUGAAGUUACCAGGCAUGAAGGCACCUGCGGCUCUUGCCGAAGCCAAAGCACGAAGAUAUGUCCGUCUACCGAACCAUCGGCCUCCGCUACGCAGAGACAAGCCGGUGCGCGUCUUCGUGCCAGGCCAUACGCAGCGAUACAUCUUCCCAUCUGCCGAGCGCUCGUUCGUGUUCAUUCCUAGGCAGAUGCGGCCGAACCAGCAAGGCUACCAUCGCGGCUACCAGCGAAGCAUGGGUGGCUAUGGCUAUUCAAGUCGACGAACGAGCAUGCACGGAAGCGUGUACUCUAAUAGUGUUGCAGCUAGCAGGCGAUCGUCGUUGGCUGGAGUCUCUCGGGACCGUGCUUUCUCGCCCGCUGGCUCCUUCGUGGGAAUGCCUCCUGGUCGACCUGUUGUCCGACUGCCUCACGGCUCGGCCACUUCAACGCCUGUGGGUCACAUGUCAGGCUACCACACGCCAACAGGACCAACGCAACUGCACACAUAUCCUCUUCCGCAGAUGCCACAAUUUCAGGGUACACCGACAACAGCGUUGCAUCAGCCACGGCCGCAGAAGGCGAUCUCUGUUACUGGCAUUGAAUCUCCAGCAAUCUUAGGACAGUCGGCUGGCGAUGCGCAACCCUUCCACAACCAGCUUCCUGCGCACAUGAACGAGCAGCCGGCAUACCAACAGCCUCCGCCGUCGCAGCCGUACUUCUCGCCCCAGCAGUACCAAUACCCGCCGCAGCCGCAAGCUGGGACGCCACUGUCCGGCAUUCCAGAGCAAGCUAUGCACGCACCGAACUUCCAGCCUCCGGCGUACGGACAACAGCCUUACUAUUCUCCUUAUCCGCCCCAGCAGGGCUAUUACUACCCGCCACCAGGACCUAAUGGCUACCCGCAGAUGCCGAUGUACAUGAUGCCGCCACCUCAUCAGGGCUACAUGCUGCCAGCUCCCGGCCCGCCAAUGCACUCACAGCCGCCGCCGCCACCACCUCCGCAGCAAGAUCGACCUGUGUCCUCAACAAGCGAGCAGCAAGCGCAGCAGUCCCAGUCCGGCAUGGUGGCCCACGAAAGCAACGGCAUGGUCUUCUACGUUCCCGCCUCCGAAGCCCAAUCAUCGGAGCAGCACUACCAACCCGCUGAGGGCUUCGUGCCAGCAUACGCAAUGCCCGGCUUACCCCCACCAACUCCAGCGCCGGAGAACCAAAUGCCGUAUUACUACAACCCGAUGCCGCACGGCGAUCCGGGGCAGGGGAUGUGUUAUCCGACGCAGUAG